CACGAGGCCACGUUUAGCAGCGGAAAAAACUGCCAACUUCAAUGCUAAUUGCUCAUCCAUUGCCAUUCCCAUUACUAUUAGUCGGCCUGUUUAUGCUCAUCAACCCACCUUCCCUUCUUUCUCCUCUCUUCCCAUUUCUCUCUUCCCCCCUCUCGGUCUUUGUCUGUUGAGCAAAUGGAUAUUCCAAGUGCCUGGGACAGUUGGGUCGGCGAGGCACUUGCAAGGCUUGAGUCCCUCAAAGUCCUUCGAUCUUUGAGACCCAUUUGUCUCCGCAAGCAAAGUACACAAUUACUUGUUGAGAAUCACAAACAAUAUGCACCGAACCUGGAAAAUGACGUGGCGGAUGAUGAAGAAUUCGAGGUGUUCGACGAAUUGCGCCCCUGGGAUCGCUCGUCUGUGGAGGUAGAAAUUGGAGAACCCACAUUUAACAAAUGGAUGCAUGACAUCCCAAGUCCUGGCGAUGAGAUUGUCCAUAGUCCAUUUAUUAGUAAAGACCCCCAGAGCCAUCAUCAACAAUUGAAAAAGUUAAUUCUGUUUUCUGGAAACGAUUAUCUUGGCUUAAGUUCUCAUCCGACUAUUGGAAGGGCUGCUGCAAAGGUGUUCUGGAUGAUCUUCCCUUCAGCAGCCCUAGAGCAUGGAAUGGGACCAAGAGGGUCGGCUCUUAUUUGUGGGUAUACAAAUUACCACAGUCAGCUGGAGUCUUGCUUGGCAGAUUUAAAGAAGAAAGAGGAUUGCCUUCUUUGUCCAACAGGGUUUGCAGCCAAUAUGGCUUUGAUGACAGCAAUAGGAAGUAUUGGUUCUCUCUUGACUGAAAACAGCAUACCUUCAAAGGAUGAAAAAAUAGCCAUAUUUUCUGAUGCGCUAAACCAUGCAUCAAUAAUUGAUGGUAUCCGUCUUGCUGAGCGACAAAAGUGUGUGAAGGUGUUCAUUUACAGACAUUGUGAUGUGUCCCACCUUAAUACGCUCCUAUCACGCUGCAGAAUGCAGAGAAAAGUUGUUGUGACUGACAGCUUGUUCAGCAUGGAUGGAGACUAUGCACCCAUGGUCGAGCUUGCAAACCUUCGUAAGAAGCAUGGGUUUUUAUUAGUCAUUGACGAUGCUCAUGGAUCUUUUGUUUGUGGCAAAAAUGGUGGUGGAGUUGCUGAGGAAUUCAAUUGCGAAAGAGAAGUUGACUUGUGCAUUGGAACAUUCAGUAAAGCUGCUGGCUGCCAUGGGGGAUUCAUAGCAUGCAGCAAAAGGUGGAAGUUACUCAUACAAUCAAGGGGUCGAUCCUUUAUAUUUUCCACUGCCGCACCAGUCCCAGUGGUGGCUGCUGUUCACGGUGAACUGUGUCCCAUAGUUGAAUUAACUGCUGUUAAGGUGGCAAAAAGGGAGACAUGGCGUAGAAGGGCCAUUUGGAACCGAGUGAAAGACUUCCGUGCUCUAACCGGAAUUCCUGUUACAAGUCCCAUUAUAUCUUUAAUUGUAGGAAGCGAAGAAAAAGCACUGCAAGCAAGCCGGCAUUUAUUGAAAUCUGGCUUUCAUGUGACUGCAAUUAGACCUCCAACUGUGCCUCCUAACUCAUGCAGGCUUCGAGUAGCUCUGAGCGCAGCCCAUACAAGAGAAGAUUUGGAAAAGCUCACGGCUGAACUUUCUCAGUGCAUCAAUUUCCAAGAUACUGGCAUAUAUUGCUCCAAUGGAUAUGCGAGACUCUGAUAUAUGAUCCUGUCAAGAUGAUAUAAUCACUAUAGUGUGGUCAAUCCAAAUCACCCACAUUCAUCAGAGUAAAAUGUAGAGAAACGAGAUGAUAGAUGACGAGAGGAUGUGGGCCUCAUAAAUAGUUAAUUUCUCUCGUAACUAAUGUCUCUUGAAAUGUAUGAAUGUAAUAGAUUUAAAAUGAUAGCUCGUUACCAUACCAGUAAUGAGCAACUCAUUAAUUGCUGUGUUAUCUGCAGUUCAAAUUUGCUGUCAGUUGUGUCACUCUUUGCCAGUGUUUUUUUAAUGGGUUAAGGAGUAAAUUUGUCCUGAAAGUUUUUGUUUUGAA